AUGGAAUAUAAACAUAAAUCGGGCUCACAAAAGCGGAAGGAAAAAGCUACUGCUUUGGAAAACGACAAAAUCGGUAGUCGUUCGUUAUUUCAAUUCGGAAUCAUUAAAGAAAAAAACAAAACAAAGACAGCCGUAAAUUUUCCUACUUCGGCUGAGUCUCCUGACUGUCCGGUAGGGCUAGAAUUUUCAGAAUCGCACCGAUUGGAUGAAAAUGGAAAUAGCGAUAUCCAAACUCAAAAUAAUGACAGUGUAAAUAUAAUAAAAGAUAAUGAUGCCUCUGUAAACAUAGAAACUGUUGAAAGAUUUGGAUUUGACUUGAAAUUGGAAUCUAUAUUUCCAAAUAUUGCUAUUGCCUUACGAAUCUUUUGUACAAUUCCUGUAACUGUAGCAGAAGCUGAAAGGACAUUCAGCAAGCUGAAGCAAAUAAAAAGUGUGCAGCGGUCAACUAUGAAACAAGAACGAUUGAACGGUCUUGCGACUUUGGCGAUUGAACAUGAUUUGGCAAAGUUAUUGAAUUUUGAUGACGUUAUUAACAAUUUUGCCUUAGCCAAAUCAAGGAGAGUUUGUUUCUAA